GGGUCCCCGUGGGGGCGGCUGGGACUUGUAGUCCCCGCACCGCGACCAACGCCCCCUCCAGCCAUGCAAGCACCGGCGGCGGCGGAGCGCAACAAGGGCCCGAUCCUGGCGGUACUGCGGCAGUACGCGGGCUCCGGCACCCACACGGGACCAGGCGCCCUGCGAGUGCUGGAGGUGGGGGCGGGCGCGGGGCUGCACGCUGCGUACUUCGCCCAGGCACUGCCGCAGACCCGCUGGCAGCCCUCCGACAUCGACCCCCAGGCACUGCGGAGCAUCGCUGCGUAUGCAGAGGCCAUGCACGUCCCCAACAUGCUGCCCCCCAUCCUGCUGGAUGUCUCACAAAGCUGGGAGAUGUGGGGAGGCACCCAACCCAGCACCCUCGACCUCCUCAUCAGCAUCAACAUGAUGCACAUCUCGGAGCUGCGGUGCACCGAGGGCCUGUUCAAGGGUGCUGGGGUGCUGCUGAAGCCCGGAGGUGUGCUCUUCACCUACGGGGAAUCCUGCCUGGGGUCUUCGGGACACGGCAUUGCUGCAGCGGCUGGCCGAGGCCAAUGGGCUGCUCCUGGAGAGGAUGGUGGACAUGCCAGCCAACAACAAGUGUCUCAUCUUCCGCAAGCAGUGACCUGCCCCAAUGGCACCUCCCAGCACCUCCUGUCAUCUCCUGGCACCUUUCCGGCACGGCUGCCCCGGCUCAUUGACACCUCCUCACGGGGUCACACACUCCCUGUGCUGGUACCAGCUGCGGAUGGGGUCGGCAGCGGUGGGACAGUUCUCCAUUCGCUCCAGCCAGGCGUGUCUGGUGGGCUGGGGGCUCUGUCUCCCCCCACCCCUUCAGAGGGGCACCCCAGCCUCUCCUAGAGAAGCCUCUGCAGCUGCCACAGGGGGCACAGGCAGGAGAGCAAAGAACCCCUGGGCAUGAAGAAGACUUCUUGCUCAGCACCAGUUUGCCGGGAGAACACCAUGCCAACAGUGGAGGGGACUCGUCAUCCUUCCACCCAGCCCCCAGCAGCUUCCUGAUGCUUUCAGCAAUGACAAUGGGGGGGAUGCAUCCCCAUUUCCAGCCCUGGCAGCACCAGUGGAGGGGGACAGAUCCUUCACUGGCAUUGCCUGGGGGGUGCUACACUGGGUCUGGGGGCUUUCGUGUGGUGGGAAGGGGUUUUUUGCAGGGGGGGUGGUUAGGGGUGUCCUGGCAGACCUCCCACCCCUCUGCAACCUGACCCAGUCCUUUAUUGCUGCUGGCUGGGGAAGUACAUGGGGGGGCAUGCAGCUGAUAAAUUACAGGGGUGGUAGGAGCUGGGCUGGGGCUCAGCAUGGGUUUGGGGGGAACUACAUGGCAGUGGUAAUCCCUACAUACAAGCAUUGGUGUGGGGUUCCCUCCGGUUGCAGCUCCCUCCCUCCAUGGUAGGUCUGUGCCCCCCACAUCAGCAUGUUCUGGCUCUCUUCUAGUCCUGGAAGCGGUUCAGGAGGUCACAGGUUUUCUUCUCCAUCAGCUCAUAAAUCUUCUUCACCCGCUUGUCA